CGCCCGAAAACCACGUCCUCCUCAGCGACCGGCCCGCCGGUUCUCCUCGUCCGCCGAUCGUUUGGCGUCCCUGACGCUCGCUGCCUAUAAAUCCCCGGCCUCCCCUGCCUCUUCUUCCACCAUCCCAUCUCUGCAUCUCCCUCGGUUCUCGGACUCUCACUGCUAGCUAGCUAGCUACUCGCCGAUCCACUUCUAUAUAUUUCCGGUCCCAUUCUACUCACUAGCACGCAGUUGAUACUGCAAGUUCGAUCAGCAUGUCGACUGUGACCCGUGCGUCGCUUGACCAGAAGCUCGCCCUCGCCAAGCGCUGCUCGCGAGAGGCAACCCUUGCAGGAGCUAAGGCAGCAGCUGUAGCAACCAUCGCCUCCGCGAUCCCCACCCUGGCGAGCGUGCGGAUGCUGCCAUGGGCGAAAGCAAACAUCAACCCCACCGGCCAGGCCCUCAUCAUCUCCACAGUUGCCGGGAUGGCCUACUUCAUCGUCGCCGACAAGACGAUCCUUUCGCUGGCGAGGAAGCACUCGUUCCAGGACGCCCCCGAGCACCUCAAGAACACCUCCUUCCAGGGCGCCGGCCGCCCCCACCCCGUGUUCUUCAGGCCAUGAGCACUACUACUAGUACUCUGCAUGUCGUCGAUGUCCGGAUAACCUACCAGUCAACUACUGCACGCCGAUGUGCUCAGAGAAAAUAUAAUACUGUAAUACCUUGUAUAAAUUAUGUAUAUUAUGUUCCCCUCCAACUUAUGAAUACUGCAACUUUUGUGUUACUUA